GGAGACGGAGGGGUCUCUCUGAGAGCCCCCCCUGCAUUGCCAUUUGAGACCCCUGGGGCUGCCCCUCACCCCCUACCAGGGGCGCUUGCCCUCCCUGCCAGAUGCCCCCGGGACAGGCCCCAAGCCCCCUCCUGUGGCCGCCCCUCAACUACAGGGGUUGAUCUGUGACCCCUCGAGAGGUCCCGGGGUGGGGGCCCGGCAGCCCCCUCCUCCCCCCUCUCCUCCCUUGUCCCUGUCCCUGGGCCGCGGAUCCUCCCCCGGCUUCUCUUCCCCGUUUUUCCUUCCCGAGCUUCUGCUUUCCCGGGGCGGGGGCGCGCAGCCAGGCCCCCUCCUCCGUGGUUGUCCCCCCCCACCCCGACUCCCAGCACCCACGUUGCCGCCGGCCAGGAUGUCGGAGAACCAGGCGCACGCCCACACGAACCACCACCCGGGGGCCAACAACGCCGGGGCCGGCGCGGCAGCCGGCGGGAACAACCGGGGCGUGCGCAACCCCAACCUCAACCAGAACCCACUGAUCAAUGUGCGCGACCGCCUCUUCCACGCCCUCUUCUUCAAGAUGGCUGUCACCUACGCCCGCCUCUUCCCGCCCUCUUUCCGCCGCAUCUUCGAGUUCUUCGUGCUGCUCAAGGCCCUCUUUGUGCUCUUCAUCCUGGCUUACAUUCACAUUGCCUUCUCCCGCUCGCCCAUCAACUGCUUGGAGCAUGUGCGGGACAAGUGGCCACGUGAUGGCAUCCUGCGAGUGGAGAUCCAGCGCAACUCCAGCCGGGCCCCCAUCUUCCUGCAGUUCUGUGAGGCGGAGAAGUUCCCUGGGAUGGUGAUCGAGUCGGUGGGGGACGAUGAGGAUGAGGACGAGGAGGAAAUGACUGUGGAGAUGUUCGAGAAUAGCUCUGUUAAGUUUGAGCUGGACAUCGAGCCCAAGGUGUUCCUCAAGCCAUCACGGGUGAGCAGCACUGAGGCGCUGACCCAGGCGUCCCACAACGAAAGCCAGGAGUUCUCCUUUAGCGAGGCGCCCACUAAAGUGUGGCCACAAGAAGAGUACAUUGUGGAGUAUUCUUUGGAGUACGGGUUCUUACGCCUGUCUCAGAGCACCCGUCAGCGCCUGAGCAUCCCGGUCAUGGUGGUGACGCUAGAUCCCACCAGGGACCAGUGCUUCGGAGACAGAUUCAGUCGCCUGUUGCUGGAUGAGUUCCUGGGCUAUGACGACAUUCUGAUGUCCAGUGUGAAAGCGUUGGCUGAAAACGAAGAGAAUAAAGGUUUCCUUCGCAAUGUGGUGUCUGGGGAGCAUUACCGCUUUGUCAGCAUGUGGAUGGCCAGGACAUCGUACCUGGCAGCCUUCGUCAUCAUGGUCAUUUUCACUCUGUCCGUCUCCAUGCUGUUGCGCUACUCUCACCAUCAGAUCUUUGUCUUCAUUGUGGACCUGUUGCAGAUGCUGGAAAUGAACAUGACCAUUGCAUUCCCCGCUGCUCCCUUACUCACUGUCAUUUUGGCUCUAGUAGGCAUGGAGGCCAUCAUGUCGGAGUUCUUCAACGACACCACCACUGCAUUCUACAUCAUCCUCAUUGUGUGGCUGGCUGAUCAGUACGACGCCAUCUGUUGCCACACUAACACUAGCAAGAGGCACUGGCUUAGGUUCUUCUACUUGUACCAUUUUGCCUUCUAUGCCUACCACUACCGCUUCAACGGACAGUACAGCAGCCUGGCUCUGGUCACCUCUUGGCUUUUCAUCCAGCAUUCCAUGAUCUACUUCUUCCACCACUACGAGCUGCCGGCGAUCCUCCAGCAAAUCCGCAUCCAGGAGAUGCUGCUGCAGAACCAGCAGGUGGGCCAGGGCACCCAGACCACGCUGCAGGACAACCUCAACAACAACACCACGGCUGCACCCAUCGACGUGGGCACCAGGCAGCCCCACCUGCCCACCGGUCCCUCUGCUGAAAGCGGCAGCCCCAUCUCUCUGGCCCCCGGUGAAGGCCCGGGGGCUGGCGCCGCCGCCACCGCCUCUGCCAUAGCGAGCAAUCUGAACUGGGUAGCCGAGACAGCUGCCAUCAUUACGGAAGCCUCGUUCCUGUCCGACCUGAGCCUCUUGGAGCCGAACGUGGUGCACGAAGCCAUGGCCAAUGGGAGCCCGCAGGAUGCAGCCGCUGCUGCUUCGAGCUUGCUAGCCCGAAUUCGAGUCAGCAGUGACCGUCCAGAGGCUGCUGGUGGCUCCAUCACAAUUGAAGUCACUUCGACUCCAGUGACUGCGCCAGCCGUGCCUGCUGCUGCAGAAGAUGCACCGGCUCCCCCUCUUGCCGCUGCUCCCCCUACCCCAGUGCAGGAGGAUGGAGCCCCUGUCCCCAGCCCUGCCCUCCCCGAGCAAACUGAGGCUGCAGAGGGGUGUCUCAGCCAAGCAGAGCAGAGUGGCAAGGACUGCGUUGCAAGCAGCACCCGGGCAGAGACAUCGGGGGCCUCUGUGCCAGGUACUAAACCACUCCAGCAUUUGGAUCCGAGUAGUGGGGACCCUGGGGAGACCAGCCCUUGCCCUGCAGCAGCAGGUGGGACAGCCUGCUCUGACCCAGACCGUGGGAGCCUGUCUUGAGUCCUCUCCUUCAGGGACUCCUGGCAGGCCGGAAGGGAUUUCUUUUGUUGUUUCUCAUCUCACCAUCCCAACCCGUAAUUCCUCUCAGUGGAAGCACAGCCUCUGGGGCAGAGCAAUGGUGCAGGAAAUUUCCCUCCAGAAAGUAAAUGUGCGAGAGCAAAAGGGACCGAUAAGCCUGGGGUCUUUUGUUCUCCAGCCUCCCCUGCAGCAAGGGAGAAGCCAUCCAUCCAGAGAAGCCAUUCUUCAGAGCAAGCCCCGCUUCUCUUGCACUGGGGGCAAACAGAGCUCCAGCACUGGUCAUUUUGCCUCUCUGGUGUCACACUACAGGUCUCCCUGCUCGAACCCCAGGAGGGUGGGCAGCUCUCAGGAGGGAGGGCUCCCUGUGGUACUCCCUGGCCCUGUUUGCCUUUGCCAGUGUCCUCCAGUUUGUGAUAGAAUUACUUUUUUUUUUUUUUUCUGGGUUUCAACCAAAAACAAGCGGGUGUCGCAUCAAACACAGCACGUUUUGAGAUGGGCAUAGAGGCUGGGGGAGGCUUACUGGCAGGAGUGGAAAAUCAGACCUCGGUGGGCUUCUGAAGCCACUUGCUGAAACCGAGAGCAGUUUCCUUCCGUUGCAAGAGGUUCUAAGAAGCUGGGUGGAUGCUACUUCUACAUCUGUACUCUGGCAGUGUUUGGCAGGGCCUUGGUGACUUCGUCACAUGGCCCCACGGAUACAGGGUGUGCGUCGGGGGUUGACACCUUUAGCGGUGGUGUACGUUGGCUGCCACAAAGGCAGAAUCUUCCCCUAUUUUUAGAAAGCCGUGGCAGUUGUAAGGGCUCGUUCUGCUGCCCAUUCAUUUGAGCCACGGUCAUCUGACAACAGGCUGCAGGUAAGGUUUCCUCUAGAGAUCGACUCAAGGCAGAGGGGACCGCGUCAGCAAGAUUUUCCCUUCCCCUGUACCAGAUUUAAUUACGCUAGUGAGAAGCUGGGCUCAACCUGAUCUGUCUCUGAGGAUCAUUUUGUGGCCUCUUCCCUCUGCAGUUGCCUGGCCUAUUUUUGGAGGGGUGAGAGCAGAGGUAAAGAAAAAAACCCCAACAAACCAAGUAAUGAGGUUGCUUUCCUGGCACUGUCUGGUUUUCUGAGUGCAAGAGAGUGGUGUUUCAGCUAGAGCUUCCUCCCCGUAUUAGAUGCACGUGACCGGGGUCAUGUUUGGAAGAGUCUGCCCAAACCCACUCACAGCAAGGGCUCUAGGAACCCAGCCUCAACGACAUGCAGAGCAGCUAGUGCCAGGCGGGUGAUAGCUAGAAACCGGUGUGCAGCUUCACGAGCACAAGACAGCCAUCCAGCAAGCUGGCGCACCGCAGUCCUGCUGCCCAGUGCCCCUUGACACUCAGCUGCUGCUGCUUCAGUGGCUUCGCUUGUUUUUCAGUGCCUUGUCCUGUGAGCGGGACACCAUCGCAUCCUUAGAUCGGUCCCUUCCCUGAGCCUAGGAGCCCUCCUGCUGCAAGGCCGGCAGGAGGGAGGGAGUCGUUGCAGGUCGAGAACCCUUGUUCUGCGUGGGUCAGUGGGAGCGGGAAGAGCCACGACGCUAAAGCUUGGAACAAAUUUCAGGCAAACCUCCCCCAGUCCUGCCUUGGUGGUGAGGAGCUGGGACAGGAGCGGGCAGAGGUGGCCCCAAAGGCUGGCUGAUGGGUUGGAGGAGGUGACAAUGGUACAUGAGGCUUGACUGGAGCCACGCGCAUGUGAUCAAGUGGGUUCUGCUUCACAGGAACAUCUCCCCCAGCAAGGCACCAAGAGGGAGAGAGGGUGCAUGGAAAGGCCCCAGGGGCAGGACUAUGGUGGGGCUCUAGACCCACUCUUAGGAGGGGCAGAGGCAGCUUGGACAUGGGGACGAUGCUGUGGGAAUGCCCAGUAGCUGUAGCCUUGUCCACAGGAGCGCAGCCACAUUCGUGCAGGUGAGGGCAGACCUCCUCUCGCCUCCUGAUGCUUAUGCACCAAGACAAGUGGGCUAUAGCACCAGGGGCUGCAGGAAACCUAGCCUGCUGCUAGGGAUUUCAACCAGAGACCUCUGUUUUCUUGGCAUUUCCCCACCCAGGAAGCCUGUCUAGGUGUCCAUCAGUGCCAAGGAGGUGGGGAGAAGGGUGCAUUAGUGACCUGCACAUUUCCCUCUCCGCUGAUGCAGCUCGUUGGCAGCUAAACUCUGCCUAAGAGCUUCAGAAGUGUCGGCACGAGGCAGCAGAAAGAGCUGUAAGGUUUUUCACGGGGGGCAUGCGUUGGGGAGAGGGGGGAAAGGAACCGAAUCAUUUGCUAAUGAAGAGUAGAGUUCAUUCUAUUUAAUUAAUGUACAAAAGGUGUUUGUAUAUAUAAUAAAUACUAUAUCUAACAGCUGCA